UCAGAGAGAGGCAGAGAUGCAGACACUGCAAGAAAAGGCGUCGGAGUGGAGCGGGGUAUCCCAAAACGACGCGUUCGCCAUUGACGACACCAAUCUCUACGAGAAGCUCGGCCACCAGACAUUCAUCAACCUCUCCACCAAUUUCUACAACAGAGUAUAUGAUGAUGAGGAAGAGUGGUUCCGAUCAAUUUUUGCAAAUUCUAAGAAGGAAGAUGCCAUUCAAAAUCAGUAUGAAUUCUUUAUACAGAGAAUGGGAGGGCCUCCACUGUUCAGCCAAAGAAGAGGCCAUCCUGCUCUGAUUGGUCGCCACCGGCCAUUCCCAGUCACUCAUCAAGCUGCUGAGAGGUGGCUGCACCACAUGCAGGAGGCACUGGACACAACCAAGGAUAUUGAUUCAGAUUCCAAAACCAAAAUGAUGAACUUCUUUAGGCACACCGCAUUCUUCCUUGUAGCUGGAGAUGAGCUGAAGAACCCGAAACAGGCGAUUCCAUGCAAGCAUGCAGCAUAGAAGAACCUCCCAUAAUUUGCUCAUUGAUGAAGUCUCUCCCAACCAAAAUUGGUGAUAUUUACCUAUUAUUACAGCUGACUGAAUAACCAGAUUGUAUGAUGAAGAACAUGUAUCCCUCAACUUUAAUCAAGAAAUGAAUGUUCUUCAUUUCCCCUGUUUCAAAAA